UCAAAUCCAAAUUAUAAGCACCAAAUGGCUUAUUCAACACUCCUAAGUUCACAUACUAUUAACUAUUAAGCCAGCCAGCCAGGAAGCAAUCAAAUCAAAUUAAAAAAAAAAAAGGCCAUAUAAGCUCAAGAUCCUAAGUUCCCCUCUCAAAAAAGAAUUCCUUCCUUUUACUUUGCUUCUCUUCUCGUCUCCUUUCCCAAUUGGAACACUUCCUCCUCUCCUUCUCACGAAUCCUUCCCAUGCCUGGAUUCCCAAUUCCUCACCUCCCCUUCUUCCUCAUCCUCCUCUUCACCUCCAAUGCCGCCGCCGGAGCUCCUCUCUCGCUCCCUUCCGCCCACCAAUUCAAAGAAGCGCCCCAAUUCUACAACUCCCCUGAAUGCCCUGCCAUCGAAUGGGACGACGGCGGCGGCGCGACACUCUGCUCGAAUCGAGCCGUCCACGUGGCGAUGACCCUCGACACAGCCUACCUCCGCGGCUCCAUGGCCGCGAUCCUCUCCGUCCUCCAGCACUCCUCCUGCCCGCAGAACAUCGCCUUCCACUUCGUCUCCUCACAAUCCGCCGACGCGUCGUUCCUACGCGCCACCAUCUCUUCAUCCUUUCCUUACCUGAACUUCCGGGUCUACUCCUUCGACGACUCCACCGUCGCGGGGCUGAUCUCCGCCUCCAUCCGCUCCGCGCUCGACUGCCCCCUCAACUACGCCCGCAGCUACCUCGCCGACAUCCUACCGCCCUGCGUCAGCCGGAUUGUCUACCUCGACUCCGAUCUCGUCCUCGUCGACGACAUUGCCAGGCUGGCGCGCACCGACCUCGGGGGGAGCGCCGUGGUGGCGGCGCCGGAGUACUGCAGCGCCAAUUUCACUGCCUAUUUCACCCCUAGCUUUUGGUCAAACCCUUCUCUGUCCCUGACGUUUGCAGACAGGAGGGCGUGUUAUUUUAAUACAGGGGUUAUGGUGAUAGAUCUGGGUCGGUGGAGGGAAGGGGAUUAUACGCGCAAAAUCGAGGAGUGGAUGGAGCUGCAGAAGCGGGUUAGGAUCUACGAAUUGGGUUCUCUGCCGCCGUUUCUGUUGGUGUUCGCCGGAGAGAUUGUUCCGGUGAACCACCGGUGGAACCAGCACGGCCUGGGAGGGGACAAUUUCAGGGGAUUGUGCAGGGACUUGCAUCCCGGGCCGGUGAGCUUGCUGCAUUGGAGCGGGAAAGGGAAGCCGUGGGUUCGGCUCGACGCCAAUCGGCCGUGCCCGCUCGACGCGCUCUGGGCUCCGUACGAUCUGUUGCAGACGCCGUUCGCUCUGGAUUCGUGACGGAGAGAUUGGGUGGAAAAGAUACCCAUCAAUGGCGGCUACAGAUUGAACUGAAUCCAAAGCGGGAUUGACGGAGAUGUAGGCCGGCGGGCUGGCGGCCAGAGAUCUCGGGAUGAAAUUCCGGCGAUUUGGAAUUCAGAAUCGUGUAGAGGAAGAAGGAAAGAUGUAGAUGGAAGGAAGAACGAAGGUUAUACAGAGUUAAUAUUUAUUUAUUUUUACUGUUUGUCUAUACACAUGUCAACUCCUCUCUGUGAAUUUUGAUUUUGUGAAGUGGGGGAAAAAUAAACUUUUUACUCUUUUUACUUCUUUUUUGACUGUUUUACCCAUGUUAAGGAUGACAGACUGUAUAGCUAAAAGAGCAUAUUGUGGGUGUGUUUUACUGGAUGAAUUAGUUACUGGGUUUUAAGAUGGUGAUGGAUUAAGUUAAUUAGGUUGUUGCGAUCUGAUUAUUGGCUGAUUACUUGGUUAAGUAUAAUUAUGGGGGGUUGUGAUUGCUUAAGUAGAAAUUGAAUAAUGAUGAUGGGUAUCCUAGGCAAGCUAGGGUGGACUACUCUUUAGAACCAGGUAGGUUGGUUGGUUCAUUAUGUUCCAAUUUAGGUGAUGAAUGAGAGGUUUGUUUGAGACGGCCAGGGAAGAUGGGACAGGAAGGAAGAAGGUUUUGAUUUUAUUGGUGAUUUGGACCCUCUUAACUAUGAUUAAUUAGUGUUAAAUGAUUUCUUUUUCUUCUUGGUAUGAACACAAUUUGAAAUUAAACAUCGUAUUUAAGAAAACGAUACAUGAGUAUCGAAGUUAUGAGGAAAACAAGAUGUGCUCUAUAACUAUAUGAAGGAAAAAGAUGCCUUAGUGAAUACAAGUGUUAGAAUGAGCUUUGUUUCUCAUUAUUAAUCAUCAGUGGUUUAAUUGUUUUGCUUUUUAAUCAUAGUCAUGAAAAUAUAGCUGAUUUUGUGGCAAACCAUGUAUCCCUUCGUGCGAACACUUGUGGCAAGGCAAGAUAUUAGUCGUUGUUACAAUGAAGGGGAAAAAAAUGGUUUAUUCAACCCAAAAGUUGGUAAUAUAAGAUAAAAUUCACCACUAGCGGUUCGAACUUUAGAUCCGCUAAUAAUCUAAAAACAACCAGGAGCUACCAAUAUCCCAUUUUGUUAACGAGGAUGGAUGCUGAAAGACCUCUUCUUGUCUUUUUUGUUUCAAAUACUAAUGACAAGGUGAGGUAAGUUACGAACGCAAAUCCAACUAACAAAAAAAAAUCGUUACAAACAUAGUUACAUGAGAUUCUUUCUUUGACGCACUUACGCUAAAGUAUCACUUGUGACUCAUGAUUCACCAAAUGAAACAUAGUCUAGUGAUAUAGUGACAACAUUGACAUUCAAUACAACGUUGUUGUUGUAGCACGAUAGUUAACUAUUUUCACCGAGGGAAAAAAACAUAUCAAAGCAAUCUACAUCAGUUUUACUGGAAGCAAUUGUCUUGCUGAUUAAAUAACACAUACACAUUGAUGUAUGACAUGGAGGAUUAAUGCACACACCACAUGCAUUAUUACAACAUUUGCUAAAGAAUCAUGUUUGCCCUUGAAAAGAUGGUAUUCGAAGAAAGCUCAGCAAGAUUAUCACAAUUGACAAUGUGGAUCGUGAACGUGAACACGAGAGUCAAAGCCACCAAGGAGAAUGAGAAUGGCUGAUCAUACAAGCAAAUUUGGUUUGCAAAAAAACGUCUUCCUUUCUUCAUCAAUCAGUUUUCUUCCGAUAGAUUCCAAUAACCGGGCUACUUCUCUGAUAAACAACACGUAAAUUAGAAGGGGGAAAAAAUCAGACAGCGACAUCAGAUUUUUGUCUCCACGAUUUAGAUAGAUGGCAAAAUCCAAGACGAAAUGGCCAAAUUUAAGCUAUUCUAUUGUAUUGUAUUGUAUUGGGUUCAUUAGUAGCAUAUUAUAUAUAUAUAUAAUCUGUAUUUGUAUUUGCUGGUUCAUUCUAUUGGACAAAUUAUAGUCGUAGAUGCAAUGAGAAUAAAUUUCUUUUUGCGUUGAGGGAUAUGUAAGGAAGUGAUUAAGUACUAUACAAAUACCUCUUCCAACAAUUCGAGUUAUUGGGACCAGUUUGUUUAUGACAUGAUAUCAGAGUUAGUUUGUCCUUGAGAUCACAUGUUCAAAUCCUCACAAGCCCCAAUAUUUAUCGUUGUCUUCAAACACAUAGUAUGGCAGACUUGUACAAACUUCAAAGUCAAACCCAUGAAUUAGCUUUUUUAGAAGAUAUGAAAACAGUGAUUAAGUACCAUAAAUCCAUAAAUGAAUCUCCCUGAACCGCUCGAGUUUUUAACAUACUAAUUGGUUUACGCAGAAAAUUAACCCCCUACCAGAACUUUUCCAAUAAGUCAAAAGCCAUUCUGGGUAGCCUUUUCCAUGGCUUCUAUUCUAUGUGGCCAUGGGUCACUUUUCCCCAAUGGAGUUCCCCAUUAUCAAAAAGUUUAUUCGGAGCUUGAAAAACCGAUUUGUCUACCCAACAACAGGCGAGGAACGUGGCUGAAUUAACGACAGGCUGCGUGGUUUCGACCUCUAUACUAACCGGCCGGACCAGUCCUACAUUUUCAGUACUACCGACGGAAAAAAAAAAAAAUCGUAGGUGUGGACCCUAUUGUUUUUCCCUGCUCCUUAAAAACAACCAAAUUGUCCCAAAUCAAGUAGUGAACCAGACUAACGAAAGGCUCUAUUAUGCUCCCCAAUUGCACAAUGACAAUCACAAUAAUUAUCUUCACCUAGUAGGCAUCUAUGAAAUUACUGUCAAUGAAUAGCAGGAGUAUCAAAUGAACGGAUUGCGUUAACUGAAUCACGACUUUUAGAUAGGCCAGAUAAUCCAAAUCGCUGAAUCGAGUCGGAAAAAAAAAAAAGGUACAAGUACGAAUUAUGAUGUUAGAGUGUGAAGUCGGUGUGGUUCAACCGCACUACACUGCACCACAAACACGAUGCGACCUGCGGUGUCAUUCCUGCACACCACUUACUUUCGUGGUGUGGUGCAUUUCAAACACAUCGACUGACCUCUCCUAAAUAGGUGAGUGAGUUACAUGUCAAAAGUGACGUGUAUCUGAUUUUCUAGUCAAUUCAUAUUACGGGGCGAUUGGGUUCGAGCACGCUAAUCCAGCCUAGCCAGAACGCGAUAGUUUUCGAUAUCGAAAGUAUCAAGUUGGGUGGAUUAAGGUUCGGUUCAGACAAGUAAGACAACAUCUUAACAGAUCUAAUGGAAAUUGAAAGAAAAAAGUUAGCCAGGAGUUGAGAGAGGAAUUCACAAUUGCUUUACGUUGCUUGAUUCCAAGAUGUAAUUGCAAAUUUGCAAUACGUGCAUUUGCUAUCCUCUAGCAAUUUACCAACACAUUUACUUUAUAUUAUCAUCCUCAAUCCAGCACCUAGCAACCAGCACUAUAUUAUCAUCUUGUAUAACCCCCACUAACUUCUUUGUCCACUAGAUGACGCUAAUGUGAUGGCAAAAUGAUGUUAUGGAGGGGGAAGUUCAAACCAUUAUACUUUCAACCAUGUUCAUUGUUCGACAGUUAAAACUUCCUAGGAUAUGUGCUCCCGUCUCUAACAAAGUUGAAAUCGUACCUUAUGCAAUGGACGGAUUGUUAGGUUUGCAGGAACAUGACUUGAAAGGGCAGUUACAGGGAGAAACUCGGUCAUCCUUUUUAACCUUUCUCCAUGUGGGGGGGUGAAGGAAGGCUGCCUGCAAUUGCAAGGAAAACCUGAAGAUAGUUUUCAUUAGAUGAGGGAUGCCUUUCUGCCACCAACUACAGUUAGAAAAAGAGUAAAUUAUGAAGGGGGUUCUCCCCCAGAUUGAGCUUUCAACUUCAGAUGCGCCGUAGCUAUCCGCAAGCAGUUUUCAGAGUUGAUUGUCAUUCUUUUCAAAAUUAAGCAAACAUGUUCAGUUGCCUGUGGCCCUUUCCGGCCAUGAUCACGAAUUUUGCUAAGAUGCUGAUGGGCGUAGUGCUGAUGCUGUUUGAUCGUACGUCCUUCGAUCCACAACCAUUUGAUGCGCGGCUGAGGAUCCCAGGGUGCGCGACUCCAAUGGAGUCAGCAAGUGCCGAGACCUAAGCCCAUCAGCAUGCUAACUGAGAUGCAUUAUCAUUCUUGCAAUAUGAUAUGUUUUAUUUAUUAGUAAGAAUUACACAAGCCUUGUUUGGUCACUCUGACGUUUCCUUCAAUCUAGCUGUCAAUACUUGGAAUGUAUGCAAAGUAUAAUGGUUUGAAAGUGAAGAAGCUUGGGUUGAAAACUUGCCUCUUUCAGCUCUCUGUACUUUUUUAGGAGAGUGGUCUACUUGCCACCGCAGCUUCCCAUGGCCAACCAGCCUUUGACACCCUGGAAAAGUAAACACCCCAUUAGCCGCCGGCAUCAUUAUAGGUUUCAAAAUAGUUCUUGCUAGAUACUUUCUUCUUCUAGAUACAUAAAGCGAGCCAUACUAAAGUUAGCAAUUUCACAAUCAAAAUACACUAGAGCUCAGUGAAAGUAACCAUGUGUCAUAAUCCCACUCAGAUAGUAUUCUGCUUUUUUUCUAAUCACUAGUCCACAUCUGUAGAAGCUUUGGAUGAUCUAAUGGCCCUGAUGGGAAGAGACAAAACUACUGUUAUCACUCUGUUUCUCAUGUACAUGUAGAUCGUGAAAUCUAACUAUAUUCACGGCAAACUGUUUUCAUAAAUGCUUGAUUAAUGC